UGCAUCUUCUUUCUGUGCACUGCCUAGAUGGCUGAUUCCGACCCUGGGGAAAGAAACUAUGACAACAUACUGAAAAUGCUGUCGGACCUGAAUAAAGACUUGGAAAAGCUAUUGGAAGAGAUGGAGAAAAUCUCAGUGCAGGCCACGUGGAUGGCCUACGACAUGGUGGUGAUGCGCACCAACCCCACGCUGGCGGAGGCCAUGCGCCGGCUGGAGGACGCCUUCCUCAACUGCAAGGAGGAGAUGGAGAAGAACUGGCAAGAGCUGCUCAGGGAGACCGCGCGCAAGCAGUAGGCCCC